ACAACAGUUCUUUCGCGCAAUCUCUGAAAAACAAAACGACAAUUCGUCGCACAAGUAUUCCCAUGCUACUACUCCUUUAACGGAAGAGUUCUCAAUCUCUGAAACGAUCUAUCAAUGGAGGACAAAAACCAACCGAUGUCGGACGAGAAUCUCGAUCACACGGUGGAGAUUGACUUAUCAAGUACUGUUCUCGAUCUCACCAGCUUCCAGCUCCACGAUCUGAACUCAGUCGAGCUACCUCCCAGUUUAACCGAGUUGGACCUGACUACGAAUAGAUUAUCUAUCUUGGACCCAAGACUUUCGCAUCUUUCGAACCUCAAAAAACUUUCUCUACGCCAAAACCUCUUCGACGAUGCUGGUGUCGAGCCAAUCUCUCACUGGGACGCGUUAUCUGGUCUCGAGGAGCUGAUAUUGAGGGAUAAUAAACUAACGAAAAUACCCGAUGUCAGCAUAUUCAAGGGGCUUUUGAUCUUUGAUGUCUCUUUUAAUGAGAUCACUUCUUUAAAUGGACUGUCAAAGGUCUCCAACACGCUCAGGGAACUCUAUGUGUCCAAAAAUGAAGUUCCUAAGAUUGAGGAGAUUGACCACUUCUGUGAUUUGCAGAUUCUUGAACUUGGUUCCAAUAGAUUACGGGUCAUGGAGAAUUUGGAAAAUCUGAUAAACUUACAGGAGCUGUGGCUUGGAAGGAAUCGGAUCAAAGUAGUAAACCUGUGUGGACUAAAUUGCAUAAAGAAGAUUAGCUUGCAAAGUAACCGUUUAACUUCCAUGAAAGGUUUUGAGGAGUGUGUUGCUCUAGAAGAACUAUAUCUGAGCCAUAAUGGCAUUUCAAAAAUGGAAGGAUUAUCGAAAUUAGUAAACCUUCGUGUGUUGGACGUGUCAUCAAAUAAGCUAACAUCAAUAGAUGACAUUCAAGAUCUUAAUCGGUUAGAAGACUUGUGGCUUAAUGACAACCAAAUAGAAUCACUUGAAAGCAUUGCUGAGGCUGUUGCCGGUUCAAGAGAGACCCUUGCAACUAUUUACCUUGGGAACAAUCCCUGUUCAAAAUCUUCAAAUUACUCUGCUGUUCUGAAAGAAAUUUUUCCAAAAAUCCAGCAGAUUGAUUCUGAUCUAUUUGCUUAGAAGUCAAAGUGGCCUUGGUUUCUCUUUUGCUUUGGACCUUGGUCAUUGAAAGCCUCAGAAACCACAAUCUUGAUGCGGGUAAUAAAUCCUGACUGCAUUAACUUUUCUUCAGUUUUUGUAUGGUCACCUACAGAGUGAUGAGUAUUGAUUGAUCUGAUUGCGGGCAGUUUGUUGUUCAUGAGAUUAAUAAGGAGCCAGAACAACUAGUUUUAAAAGGACAACAUUGAGGCAACACAUUUUGUAUUGCUAGUGGUGGACAAUUGCACUUGACCUAAACUUUCAGGCAUUUUAAUGUGCUUUUUGCUGUUGUUUCUGGCCCCUGGCUGUUUGAAUCUUUGUCAUAUUUAUUUCGUACUGUUUCCCUGAAUUCUUAAUGUGCCUAUCCUUUCAAGUUUUAUAAGUAAUUUUGUCAGCA